GUGUUGUCUGCUGUCAUUGAAAGCAGACGGAAUUUGGGGUGCUUUGUUUAUAUUUUGGUGUCCUCGGGGGAUUUAAGUUUACUCGCAGCCGUUGACCUAAUAGAGUAUUUGUAUUCUGUAAUUCUUCGAUAUCCUCUGAGACGAUAAUGUCUUCUCACAAUAUUUCUGAUCCUGAAUUGGAUAUUAAAGUGAAAAAAGCAACGGAGAGAAUAUCAGAAAAUAUGCACAUUGUUGCCAAUGAGCCUUCCUUGGCGUUUUAUCGCCUCCAAGAACAUGUUAGGAAAGCAUUACCACCAAUGGUCGAAAAACGAGUGGAAGUUACAAAGCUUCAUCAUGAACUGCAAGGCCGAUGCUACGAUGUCGAAUAUGGCGUUGGGGCUAUAAAAUCUAUGGAAGGUGCUGAGGAAAGUUUUGACAACAUACAGGAAUUGUUAAAAAAUGCAGUUUUCCUCAAGCAGCAAAUAAAAUAUGAAGAAGCCAGAAGAAACAAAAAAGAGCCCUCAUCUGUAUACAAACGCUUAUCGGCACACAUUACUCUUGACCUGCCUGAUCUGCCAGAAAUUUCUGAUGCUUUGCGUGAAACAGCCAACCGUGUGGAAUCCAUGAUGGCUCAUGCCAGGCAUUCAGCUGGUGCAGAGCUGCAGAGGUCUCACACGGUUCACCACUGAUGACAAACACACACAGUGUGAGCUGACUGUUUGUUCUGAAGUAUCAUCUUCUUUAUUGGAAGUCAGACUGUCAAAACACCCAGAUGAAAAUCAUGUGAGGAGCCUUGCUUAUCAGUAACACCUCAACAUUGCUCAUUGGUUUGACAGUACGACACAAUAUUUUUCAAAUUUAUUUUGCUGGUGAAAAAGAAGAAAACCGUCUCGCAGAAGAAAUGUAAUACAUGUUACUGUUAAAACAGUGUAAAGAUGAUUUCUAAUUGUGAUUCAAGUAUUUAUUAUGGUCAAUAACAAUAAACCUGUUGUAUAUCA